AUGAUGAUACAGUCUGCUUCUCGUAUCAGUGAAGCACUAAUAAACGACGAGAUGGCAACUUCUUCAACAAAAAGUCAUAAAGUUUUACGUAAUAAUUAUCGACGACGUUCAAUUUGGCUUCAUGCAAAGCGGUUAUUUCGUAAACGAUUAUUACCGCGAAUUACUCGGAAAAGAAGUUGCAUUAUGUCGUUAGACGUGACAAAUAGGAAAAAAGAGCAAGUAACAACCAAGCUAUUAAAAUUAGCUGUAUCUGAUUCAAGUGCUAGCAUGCAUCCUUUAAUUCCUUUCGUAUUCCGUCAAGCAUACCAUUAUCUUAACUUUUACGACCGUCUACGUUUCCGUCAGACAUGUCGUUUAACUAACGAAAUCUUUCAACAAAGUUUGAUCAGCCUACCUACAAUCAAGUUUCAUGGCAAUUCAUCGGAUAGCAUCGAGAUUUCGGCAGAUCAUGUGAAUACUGUCGUUAAAUUUUUGCUUCCAGAAUUUGAUUUUGAUCCAGGUUUUAUUCAAGAUGGCAUCCUAACAUUAGAAGAUUGGCAAGCUGAACUAUCAAGAUUGAUGGUUAUUUUUGCAGUAACACGUGUUGACAUCAUUGAGCAUCUUUACUUAGACACACCAAUCAAUGAUGAAUUGUGUGAAGCUGUUAUGAGAAAUAUCGCGAAAAGAAAUUCAGGAACAAGUACACGAUGGCGUCCUCUUAAAAUGAAAAAAAUGACAGUCUUUGGCAACGAUGAGGAUGAAUUUAGUCAUGUAGCUCAAGUUGUGAGUCACUUUUCAUCAUCACUUCGGGAACUGUGCUUCUGUCAUAUGUACAUGGAUUUGGGUUUGUACUGCGAGCAAUUUUGGAGUGCUAUCAAACGGUGCCAGAACCUGAAGUAUUUUCACUACCAAACUUGCAAUUUUGAUGAUUUCUCUCAUUUGCACCUUGAAGAGGCUCUAGCUGGGAAAAAUUUGACGACGUUUGAAAUUGUUGGAGUUUGUAAUCUUUCUCCAGAAAUUCUGUCAAAGACAAUUGCUGGUGCUCCGAUUCGAAACUUGGUUGUCAUUUCUCCCUUAGUGAAACUGCACUCAUUUUUAGAGUGUGGUCUUGAAAAGAAACUGAAUAAGCUAGAAAUGGUUCUUGUUGAGUACGAUGAUUCAUUGGAUUUGAGCGACAUGGAUGAACAAAAACUUGUAAUUAAAGUGCUGAAACAGAUCUCUGUAGAUGCAAAACUUCUGAUUCUCCACAUUACGAGAACUAACGCCUGGAAGAUCACAAAAAUCAUAAAUUAUUGGCUUGAUGUGGCUAAAGAAUCAGUGCGUGAUAUCGAGCUUAAACUAUCUAGGGUUCCGCAGACUCGAAUAGAUCAAGCUAUCGGGCGUUUAUUGCGAAGAUUUAGACAGGUGUUCAAAAUAACUAGCUGUGGAUCUUCAAUGGUGCUAACAAAGGGCCAAGGUAGUGUGUGCAUACUUAGCAAAUAUACAUGGUUCGGAGCCGGGCAAGAUAGUAAUGAUGAAAGUGAUGAAUAUGAAUAA